GUGACGGCAGAUGCCCCGCUCCUCACCAGACGCGUGGUAAGACAGGGCACAUACACGCUGGGGCCAGGACAGUCCAACGCGGACAGGGCCAUGUCCCCGGGACACAGGCUGCGGGUCAGAGAGAGGACGAGCUCUGGCCCUUACCUCCGUCUGGUGGACGUCAUGUAGAUAGCCAGCUCCGAUGGAAUGGAACUGGCACCUGCCCGCCAUGAGGGGCCUGGGCUCCUGGAGGGAAGUGGAAAGGGCAGCCUCAGCGCAGAUCGGCAGCCACCCGCAGCGAGUUCAGACCUGUCACCGCAGGCUCCAAGCCGAAGGGGCAAGGCCGCGGCCAGCGAGAGCCUCCGGGGGAUGGGGCAGGAGCACCACGGCUCACCCCAGAGCCACGGAGAAGCACCUGAGACCUGAACCAGGACAAGCCGGGGGAGGACUCACAAUGUGCCGAGCGGCGAACACGCCGUCCAUGACGGCGCAGCAGAAGGCCGCCACCACGCCAAAGCUGAUGAACAUGAUGGCCGCCACCAGCUGGAAGCAGAGACAGGAGCAGCUCGGGCGCGGCGGAACCUUGCAACGCCCCCCUGCUCAGGUCCCGAGUCCCCGCGGAGCCCCGCAGCACCUCCCCGGGGUCCUCGCCUGGAACACCGCAGCAGCUCCUCAGGGUCCUCACCCGGAACCCCACGGCAACUCUAUAGGAUCCUUGCCCAGAACCCCACGGCACCUCCCCGGUCCUCGCCUGGAACCCUGCGGCAGCUCCGUGGGGUCCUCACCUCCCACCAUGGCCGCUGGAGACCCGCCACGCUGGCCGGGAUGCCCCCCCCAAGCAAGGCCAACCCGGUCACUUGCUUGUUUCAUGGGGUCUGGGGGUGCAGGUACACAGGGAGCUGUCAUCCCAGCACACAGCCUCGUGGACAAGCCAGGGCCUCCCAGAGCCUGGCAGUUCCUUGCUGUAUCAAACUCUGCUACCAAGACCCUGAUUGCAUUCCACAGAAAAGCCUGGGCUCAGACACAAGUGUUUCUGCAGGACGGGCUCUGGGGACCCAGGGGCCACAGCCUGAUGCGCGCCCCUGAUGACCCCAAGGACGCUGCCCGCUUCCACCAUGUGCCUCCUCCCAUCUGA